AUGGCCUUCCAGGUCCCAACACAUGCCCCCCGCCGCAGAACUUCCUAUUCCGCUCCUCGACCGCCUGCCCUCCGAAUCCCCUCUUCCACACCGGAGCAACGUGAUGACGACACCGCCCAAUGGGUCCUGUUUUCCCCGACCGCCCAUACACAGUCAACCUCCACCGAUCGUACGCGCACUAUAGGUGCUUCGCGACUGAGCGAUUUUGGCUCAUUCGCUGCAACCCGGUCUCUGACUGGUGUUGCAGACGAAGCAGAUGACGAGAAUGCUCUGGACGACCAACUGGACGAAGAUGGAACUGAACUAGACAGUCUAGACGAUGGACUACAUGCCUUUCGGGCACCCGAGCUGGCCCCGUACUCUCCCAUACGGUUUGAUCAGGGGCAGCCAGCGAUACUCCCAGCCCAUGACGGGUUAGGCAGUUUCCAGGCCUCGAGUCAGGCAGUCCAAGACCAACUUUGGCGGCAUGAGCAAUACAACCCCCGGCGGCCCUCGUAUAGCCAACAUCGCCGUAACUCGAGCGUCCAGAGGCAUUUGGAUACCGUCGAGGAGAGCGAGGCCAAUGUCGAGCGCGAGCGGUGGCAGCGAAUCGAAGAUUGGCGGAUGGAUCAGAGCCGGGCUCUGUUGCACGAGAUCGAACGGGAGACCCGACAGCAUCGGCUCAGUCAGGUCAGCCGAUCGGGCGUUCCUCAUUCCGCUGAUAACAUCGCCCAAGCUUCUAUCUCCGAAGUGCUGUCUAACGAGACAAAUCCUCCCGGAAAUGGCUCAGAGGACGAAGACACUUUCUGGCGUCGUAUCACACGAAAGGUUAUUCGUGAUCUGAUCGGUAUUGAUGAUUCCUUGCUUUCUGUGAUCCUUGGAGAGUCCUUGCCGCUGGACGCGCAAACUCGUCACCAGGAAGAACCACUGGACAUGGAAACCGUUUUAGCCCGUGAGCCAGAGCCAGACUAUGGCGACUCAUCGAUGUGGCAGACAAAGGUGCUCCAGAAAAUCGCCCAUGAGCUGGGCAUUCUUGUCCAUCAACUUUGUGAACACCCCGGGGCGUUCACGUCGUAUUAUCAAAUGACUCAAGAUAUAUCCGCCGAGUAUGCGGGCAUGCCCCUCGACCGUCUAGCGGAAAGCAGCGUCUCCCUGAAACCCACCGAGUCCAUCGCACCCCCCAGUACAGAUGCCACAGGCGAAUCCAUGCUAUCUCCACACUUUAUACCCACCCUCAAUGAUUUAAAUCGGGAACAUGAAGCACAAUGGGGUAUCGAGGAUGAAGAUCCCAAACCAUCCGACUCAAUCACCGAAUCAACGCGACUUCAACACGAAUCUGAGUAUUGGGAACGCGGACUCGAUGUUAUGAUGGUAUUCCGCUACCUCCGCAACCGCUUAGGUCGUCGAGGAUGUAUGCACACCGAGACGCACACACCAUCUCCACCUCGCCGAUCCCCGGAUGCAUCCCGCCGAGCAGCCAUCAUCCGGCAACAUCACCCACUCGUAGCGCGUGCUCAUUCGCGAGCCCAAGCGCAGGCUCGCCGCGCCUCACAAUUCUCCGGCGUAUCAAACCCCGCGGGUGUCUCUUCUCCUCUUCUAAGACCUCACCUCCGCCGGCCCAGCUCGAGUUGUGCCAGCCAGAGCGCCAAACUCACGGCUCUUUCCAGCCGGCGGACGAUGACAGGGUCUAGCCGGAACUACUGGGAUAUUGGCGGCAGCGAAAGCAACAGCGCCAUCGGUGUCGGAGCUGGUCUCGGCACUUGGGGUGAGGUGUGA